AUGCCGUUACUGCCUCCACACCUCCUCGAAGCCCUCGUUGCGGAGUGCGGCGAGACCACGCUGCCCGAGCUAGCCCAUCUCUGGAAACGCGAGACGGAGCUGGCGCAGGCGGCGGCGUGCGGCGAUGCGCUAGCCGCACGCGCCAUCGCAGAGGGCGGUCGCGCACCGCUCAACUGCGUCGGCCGUCGACUUCUGCACCGCCACGCCCGCGAGGAGCCGGUGACGGUCAUGGACCACCUAGGCACACUCUUCGCCUCCGCGGCAUCCUCUGGGGACACGAGUGUUGCAGUGAGCAUGUUUCAUCCUGUACCGGUUGGCAUUACGUGUCUGCCGCACCCGUCCGCGGUGCGGUGCACCAAAUUAUGGGAAGGUUCCGCCUUCACCGCAACGCCGAGUCGUAGCAACGCUGGGGAAGAGAGCGACACGCCACUGCAAGGCGCGCUGCAGCGCUGGCAUGAUGCCGUCCACGCCGCCGAGCCCACAGCUGUGUAUGUCUUCACUGGCGACGACGCCGGUCUCGUGCGACUGUGGCGCGUCGACGUGGUCGCCCGCUCCUACACGCUGCAGCACGUGCUCAUGUGCAGUGCGAACAUGACGGGCAUGCUGUCCCCUCUCAGCCCGUUCGCGCGCGAGGACAACUCGAAGAAGGUGCCGUCCCGAGAUGCCGACCGCGUCGUGCACUGUUUAGAAGUAGAUGAGCUGGCGGGCCGGGUGUUUGCCGGGACAGAGGGCGGUGUGUAUGUGUGGGCCAUCAACGCAUUGCCGUGGCGCGGUGCGGAGUCACCGUCAGCCGACGCGCUCGCCGCGCACCACCCGCUCUGCUGGGACGAGGAGCGCCAAGCGCCGCUUCCCUGCGCGCUGUUGCGCUACGAGGCGUCGCUGCGACGUGACUCCGACGCAGACAACAUACUUCCUACAGCCUCUAGUGCCAAUUCUGAGAAGAUUGUGGAGUACCGCGCUUCGCGGCUCGCCAACCAUCACGUGUGGGUGCUGCCUGCAUCUCUUGUGCAGUCGGAGAUAGCGCGCGCGAUGGAGCGCGGUGGCAGCAGCGCCGGCCUGGUGAGCAGGUGGAAGCCCAAGCACGGCCGCAUGGUCACAGGCGGGGCGGCGGUCGGUGUGGUGUGGAACACUGUCAAGCUGAGCACGGCGGCGGUUUCCGGCCGCGGCGCCACAGUGGGCGACCGAUUAACGGACACGGUCGUGCCAGUUUCCUUCGAAGGCGGUGAGCUCAGGAAUGGCCUGCGGGUGCCGCUCAGCUGCGUUGUGCCGGUCGUGUACCCGCUCGCCUUCCUCCGAACGCCAGGGACGGCGUGCUUUGCGCUGCGUGUGCUUGCCGGGAACCGUCGCCUCGUGACCAGCUGUGCCGAUGGCAGGGUGUGCGUGUGGACGUGCCGCCCGGACAAAGACGCCUGCACAGCCGUCGCCGAGACCUACGUGCCGCAGCUUGUGACGAACACACGGCAGGAGCAUCGCGGCCUCGGGCGGCACGUUUGCGUGCUGCGCACCCCAGACGUGUUCGUCACAUGCUCCUACGAUGACGGCCUCGUGAAAGAGUGGCACGUGUACGACGAGCCGGAGGCACUGCUGCGGUGUGCACGUCGCUUCACCCUGACGCCAUACUCCUCUGAGGGCGGCAGGGUGCAGCAGCAGCAGCAGCAGCUCGCCGACGCCUUCACGAAUAUGCACAAGCCCAAAACAGCCAACGCUGCGAUAGCAGGUGGCAAUAGCGACGAGGUGUCGGCGGACGACGGUGAGGAUGGCGACGUUGUUGGUGGAAUCUCCUGCGCCGCCGCCUACCCCGCCUUCGGUGCUCUCUUCCUCGUUGGCGUCUUUGAGUCCGUCAUUCAGACGUACAGCCUCACGGAGGUGGCCGGCUGCGAGCCGCCGCGCAACUACGUGUACAAUGGCCACAAGACGGUGCGGCUGCCCGCUUCCAUGGCCGAAGACGUCUACCACAAGCUGCCAGCCAAGUGA